GCUCAUGCAGGCUUGGCGUAGGCUCACCAACAAGUGGCUUACAUGGUGAGAACAACAAAAAACAACGCCAGGCUUCGUUGGUUUUGUUUCAGUCACGGGCCCUUAGGCUGUCCCAAUGGCGGGAGCCCGGCCCUUGUUCUUUGCAAGCCUGCUGCUUGCCCACUGCUCGGCCUCUGAGCCCGCUUGGAUUCAGGAACUCAAGGGUCGCACCUUGCCCGGUGCGGCCAAGCCUUCCGACGGCUGCGGCGGCGGCAAGGGCCUGCGUGCCUGGGGUGCUCACAACGAUGAGGCAGCGUUUGAAGGAUGGGUGCCCUUCACGGUCUUGGAUUUUGUGGCGGUGAACCGGUCCUUUUACAUCCAAGUCCCCAGCAGUUCACUCCGCAGAGGACCAGUACCCUUGCUGAUCGGGCUUCAUUCGCAGGGCGACCAGGCAGACACCUAUGCCAACGCUCACUACUUCGGCUCCUUCGGCAGCACCCUGGGCUUUGUGAGCGUUUAUCCGCAAGGUUUAGAUGACGCUGUCCCAGGAGGAGGGGACCUAGGCACAGGUUGGAAUGUGGGGACCGCCGGUGAUGACCAGACCUGCGUGGCGGACGAGGUGACACCAGAUUGUUACGCAUCCUGCUGGGAGCAAGGCAAGUGCGGCCAGUGCAAUUGGUCUGGAUGCUAUGACGAGCGGCUGUUCAUUUACUCCGUCAUUCAAGCCAUCAACUCGGUCUUGUGCAUUGACCAAUCUCGCAUCUAUGUCACUGGUGAGAGCAACGGCGGUAUGAUGGCACAUUACCUGGUGCAAUCACUGCCCGGAACUUUUGCAGCAGUCGCGCCUUGGUAUGGGCUUCCCCUGCUGGGAUAUGGCCUGGGCGCGGAGUUCGAGCUGGUGCGGGACACCAAGAACUGCAGACAGACGGCCAUGCUGCAGCUUCAUGGGCGCCAGGACGACAUCAUGCCCCCCGGGGGAGGCGUAUCAGGAGGCUUUCUUCCCGGAUGGAUCUAUGAACCAUUGAACAAGGUUCAGCAGGGCUGGGCAGCGGUUCAUGACUGCGAUACCGUCGCAUCUUCGACCCAGACGUACUGGGACGGAGGGGACAAAAACUUGGAAUGCUUCGACUACAAGGGCUGCACAAGUGGGCGCCGCAUCAUGCGUUGCUUCUAUGAUGGCGGGCAUGGGGACCUCCCCGGCGAUGGCACGGCAGACCAGAUCACCCUGUGGUUUCUAAUGCAAUAUCGGCUCGAUGGCUGGAAUCCACAGGUCGUGAUUUGAGGGAAAAGGCAGGCUAAGCGGCUACGCCUUGCUGUACAGAAACUUGCCGCUGCUUGGGUGGCCACAAUCCUAUCGAGUUGCAUGCUUUUUCUGGCCGCGACGCAGUGAUCAGCUGUCGCCUUUGAACGGGG